UUCAGAUUUGUGAUAGACGGUUGUGAUUUCAUAACAGCAGUAAACGGAAAGUUGUUUUAUUAUUUAUUUACUUAAUAAACGUUAAUAAAUAGUGAUGGGCACUCGUAAAAAAGGAGCAGAAUUCAUUAAACACAUAACGGAUAUUAUCAAGAAUUCAUCUGGAUUUGAAAAACAUUUGGAAAAGGUGAAAAUCACUAGCGGCGGUGAGGGAAAAUGUACUGCAGAAUUCAUCGUUAGCACGGAACAUCUCAAUCGUUUGGGUGGCCUGCAUGGUGGCUUCACAGCUACUCUAGUUGACAUGGUAACCACGUACGCAUUAAUGUCGAAACCAUGUCACCCGGGAGUUUCGGUGAACAUCAACGUUAAUUACCUGAAAGCAGCUAAAGCCGGAGAUGAAGUUCUAAUCGAUGCCAGUCUCCUGAGAGCAGGCAAGAAGUUGGCCUUCCUCGAGUGUGAGCUAAGACAUAAAAAGGAUAACUCAAUAAUAGCCAAAGGUUCACAUACGAAAUUUGUGGAUUUCCAAUAGAUAUGUUUAGGUACAAUAGAAAAUAAAAAUGCUCGAAUUUUCGUGAUGGUUA